GGGCCCAGUGAAUAAUUUCAUCAUCCAGGCCCAAUUUCUCAGGCUGAGUAGUGGCAGUGAGCAUUUGAUCCAGUACACACACGCACACAGUCAUCGGUGUGUAGACCUUCAAAUCUUAUCAACGAUGAUGGUAAACCCUAGGAGGAUUUCGCAUCCUAACACCAUCAGCAAUCAAACUUCAGAAACCCUAACCCCAUCUCUCUCCUCUCUCUUCUUCUUCCUCAAGAGGCCUCAAGCCUUCCCUUUUCUCCUCUCAAUCUUCCUCCUCCUCACAUGGCUAUCUCUCAGACUCCAACGCUCUUCUCUCUUCAACUCUCCUCCCAAUCGCAACGCAUUUCAAACCCUAGACCACGACAGAGAAGCCAAUUUGGUGAGGUUCUCUUCUCACUUCUUCACUGACAAGAGAGGGUGGCUGCUCAACCCCAUUUCUGCUGCGAGCGAUGCCUCCAUUUCAGGUGGGGCAGUGAAUUGCGCUUCGGUUCAUGUUGGUGAGAUUCGGCCUGGUGGUAUGAGGGGAAAUCAUAGGCAUCAUGGUUGCAAUGAGACAUUUAUAAUCUGGGGAGCCAAGACUGCGUUUAGGUUGGAGAAUCAUCAGGUACCUGAGAAAGGCUAUGCUGAAGUGAUCAUUGGCGCAAAUGAGGUUGCCGUAGCAGCAAGCCCAAGUGGAACAGCACAUGCAUUAAUCAACAUAGAUCCCAUCCGAACGGCAUUCUUCAUGGGGUGCCAAGACAGUAUAAUAAACUAUAACAGCUCGGCUACUGAUUUUAAGGUGUGGAAAGAUCUUUAAGCGCUAGUUUCCUUGUGAUAUUAUUUUAGUCUGUUUUACCACCAAGUGCAAUACUGGUAUGUUGCAUGAUGAGGACUAGUUUACUGAGAUUAGGAAUUUUCAGUCAUGUAAGGCACAGUUGCACUCUCAUGGCUUACAUUUCCAAAGUAAAACUAUAAGUGCUUCCUGGUAUAUAUGUAUAGCCAUAGAUUUUUCUGAGUGAAAAAUUGUAAUUAUUCU